AUGCCCGCGUGGUCGCUCCUUGCACUAACCGCCGCCCCAGUCGUGGGCCUCAUCGCAGGCCAAACAACCCUCUUCUCCUCACCAUGGGAAACACUAUUCGGAGGUAGCAGUGAUGAGGCCUCCAUGGAUGGCCGUAUCCAAGCUCGCGAUCUUCUCAGCUCCCACUUUGGAUGGUACGGUUGGCCCGGCCAGUCCUACGACUAUGUGAUUGUCGGAGGAGGCACUGCUGGACUGGCCAUGGCCCACCGUCUAUCUGAAGACGGGUCAAACUCAGUGGCAGUGAUUGAAGCUGGAGGGUUCUACGAGAUCGAGGCGGGCAAUGCGACUGAAGUUCCCAUGUUCCUGUUCAACUACUUUUUCGACAACGGGCAUGUCAAGAACCCGCUCUUUGACUGGUACCAGUAUACCGAAGCACAGCCGGGCCUGGCAAACCGGAAAAUGUUCUACAUGCAAGGAAAGACGCUAGGGGGCUCAACCGCUCGCGGGGCGAUGCUAUACCAUCGGUACCUAGGAUCCAAAGGAGCGUACAAACUCUGGGCAGACCAGGUCGGAGAUGACAGUUAUACAUGGGAGAACUGGCUACCUUUCUUCAAGAAGAGCGUGCAGUUCUCUGGACCGUCCACCAACCCUCGUCCAGCCAACGCGACAACCUUCAACGACAUCUCUGCCUUUGCAACCAAUACUUCUGAUGAAGGACCAGUGCAGGUCGCGUACCCCUACCUGACAAACGCCAUCUCGUCGUGGGUAGACAAGGCACUCGCAAAGAUGGGCUUCCCAGAGGCGCAGGGGUUCUCGAAUGGAAACCUGCUUGGUCGCUCGUACAUCACCCAUACCAUCCAUCCCAGGACACGUCGCCGAGACACUGCGUCUACAUCGUACCUGCAACGGGCACUUCGAACGAGCAACAGUCUCAAUGUGAUCACGCACACACUCGUCAAGAAGAUCCUUUUCGACGAGGAGAAGCGCGCCACGGGAGUGGUCAUCAAUACCGGCGGAUUCGAAUGGCAGAUCGGGGCAAAGAAAGAAGUGAUCCUAUCAGCAGGAGUAAUGCGCUCUCCCCAGCUGCUCAUGGUAUCCGGGGCUGGUCCCAGGGAGACACUCGAGAAGCUCAAUAUCCCAGUCCUGUCAGACCUCCCCGGCGUUGGCCAGAACUUGCAAGACACGAUCAUCCUGGGCCCAACGAACCCUGUCAAAGUGGAAAGUCACAGCCAGCUCAUGGGGAGCAAAGAGACUCUCCCUCGCUCAAUCUUCGAAUACAACAAUUUCCGCACCGGCCUGCUCACGAAUCCCGGGCAGGACUACUUUGCGUUUGAGAAGCACCAACCCGGCACUCUCAGCAAGGCGACUUCCGCAGACAUCGAGACAUCAUUCCCAGCUGACUGGCCGACCUUCUCGUAUAUUGCGCUGGACGACACCUUCGUCCCGCAGUACGACGGCAAGAACUACUUCAGCAUGUCUGCUGCGCUGCUGGCGACGUUCAGUCGCGGCACUGUCACGAUCAACAGCACCAACACCGCCGACAACCCCGUGGUAGAUCCGCGGUGGCUCGAUGACCCCCGCGAUAAGGAAAUGGCCGUCGCAGCGUUUCGACGAUGUCGGGAGAUUGUGGCCUCGGAGACAAUGCAGGAGGUCAUUGACGGUACCGAGCUGCUGCCGGGAUUUGAGUACCAGACCGAUGAGGAGAUCCUGAACUACAUCGCGGAGACUUCAGAUGCGUACUAUGCAGGCGUGGGAACAUGUGCCAUGGGGAAAUCCAACGAUCCCAACGCAGUUCUUGACUCGAAGGCGCGAGUUAGGGGGCUCAAGGGGGUGCGCGUGGUGGAUGCGUCUGCUUUUCCCUUUGCGAUUGAUGGACAGCCCAUGGCGACGGUGUAUGCACUGGCAGAGAAGAUUGCAGCGGACAUUCUAGCUGGGAAUUAA